UUUAGCACAUUCAUUUCCAUGUGUUUCAUUUCUACUUUUAGAAGUGUGUUUAAAUUUUCAGAAACAUAUGAAUAACAUUUAUUAUUAAAAUAGUUAUUCACGCUAAGAGACUGAAACGUGUUUGUGUUGCACUGCUGUAUGCUAACAACACAACAAACAACGAGUUUCCGUAACUGUGUUUUUAUUUGUUUGAGAUCUUUGGAAGCUCUUAGUUUUGAGACUUUACAUGUAUUACAGACAUUACAGGAAACGCUCCGGUUCAAGGGGGAGGUCAGGCAGCAGAUCUAAAAGCCGAUCGCCUGACUCAAAGCGGUCUAAGAAAGAUGAUCGGGCUGGGUCACGGAACCGUGAGCGAAGCAGAAGAGAGAGAUCACGCAGCCGAGACCGCCGCAGAUCACGCUCCAGAGACAGAAAAAGGCAGAGGCGCUCGAGGAGUCGGGACAGGAGACGCUCAAGGAGUCGAGAACGCAGGCGGAGCAAGAGCCAGGGCAGAGGAAGAAGCAAGGAGGAGUUGGAGAAUGGAGAGCAGUCAAUAGACAAGAAGAAAGUCAAGGAGGAAAAAGAAGAGGAGAAGGUUGAAGAUCAAGAGUUUGACCAGAACACUCUGGAGGAGGAGAUGAGAAAGAGAAAAGAGCGUGUCGAGAAAUGGAGAGAGGAGCAGAGGAAGAAAGCCAUGGAGAACAUCGGAGAAAUAAAAAAAGAACUGGAGGAAAUGAAACAGGGCAAGAAGUGGAGUCUGGAGGAUGAUGAUGAUGAUGACGAAGAGCCAUCAGCCCCUGUGGAUCAGGAAGGUGAGGAGGAGGAGGAGUUGGAGGUGGAGGAAGAGAAAGCCGCUGAGAUAGAAGUGACCGAACUAAUGGAGGAGGAGGCCGGAGAGGAGCUUGACCCUCUUGAUGCCUACAUGGAGGAGGUGAAAGAGGAGGUCAAGAAGUUCAACAUGGGCACCAUGAAAGGAGGAAAUGACAAGAAAGGAGGUAUGUCGGUGACCAAAGUGAUGACCGUUAUGAAGACGAAGAAGAUGUUUCACACUACCAAGAAGAAAGGGGAGCUUAUGGAGAAUGAUCAGGAUGCCAUGGAGUAUUCAUCAGAAGAAGAAGAGGUGGAUCUGCAGACGGCCCUCACAGGCUUUCAGACCAAACAGAGGAAAGUUUUGGAGCCUGUUGAUCAUAAGAAGAUUGAAUAUGAAUCCUUCCGCAAGAACUUCUAUGUGGAAGUGCCAGAGCAGGCUAAAAUGACUCCUGAAGAGGUGAAUGAAUACCGCCUGGAGCUGGAGGGCAUCAUAGUGAAAGGCAAAGGAUGCCCGAAGCCUAUCAAAACAUGGGUGCAGUGUGGGAUAUCUAUGAAGGUUUUAAAUGCACUGAAGAAACACAAUUAUGAAAAGCCAACCCCAAUCCAAGCCCAGGCCAUACCCGCCAUCAUGUCAGGUCGUGACGUCAUCGGCAUUGCUAAGACUGGAAGUGGAAAAACCAUUGCCUUUCUCCUUCCUAUGUUUCGUCACAUAUUAGACCAGAGGCCAGUGGGAGAGGCUGAAGGUCCCAUCACUGUGAUAAUGACCCCCACACGAGAACUGGCUCUGCAGAUCACUAAAGAGUGCAAGAAGUUCUCCAAAUCUCUGGGGUUGAGAGUGGUCUGUGUGUAUGGGGGCACUGGCAUCAGUGAGCAGAUUGCUGAGUUGAAGCGAGGUGCAGAGAUCAUUGUGUGCACGCCAGGAAGAAUGAUUGACAUGUUGGGUGCCAACAGCGGUCGAGUCACUAAUCUGCGUAGAGUGACGUAUGUGGUGAUGGAUGAAGCAGACCGCAUGUUUGAUAUGGGCUUUGAACCUCAGGUGAUGCGUAUCAUAGAUAACAUUAGGCCAGACCGUCAGACCGUGAUGUUCUCCGCCACCUUCCCACGAUCCAUGGAAGCCUUGGCCCGGAGGAUCCUGUCCAAACCCAUCGAGGUGCAGGUGGGGGGCAGGAGUGUGGUGUGUUCAGAUGUAGAACAGCAUGUGAUCGUAAUAGAGGAGUCAAAAAAGUUCCUGAAGCUGUUGGAGAUUCUGGGACACUAUCAGGAGAAGGGUUCUGUCAUUAUCUUUGUGGACAAACAGGAACAUGCCGACAGUGUCCUCAAAGACCUGAUGAAAGCAUCAUACCCAUGCAUGUCAUUACAUGGAGGCAUCGAUCAGUACGAUAGGGACAGCAUCAUCAAUGACUUUAAGAACGGAGCGUGCCGGCUGCUGGUGGCCACCUCAGUGGCCGCACGAGGACUGGAUGUAAAGCAGCUCAUUCUGGUGGUCAAUUACUGCUGCCCGAACCACUACGAGGACUACGUUCACCGCGCCGGGCGCACAGGUCGAGCGGGUAACAAAGGAUAUGCUUACACAUUCAUCACUGCAGACCAGGCCCGGUAUGCCUGUGACAUCAUCAAAGCUCUGGAGCUGUCCGGAUCACCGGUACCUUCAGAGCUCGAGCUGCUGUGGAGUAGCUUUAAAGAACAACAGAAAGCUGAGGGGAAGACCAUCAAGAGCAGCAGUGGAUUCUCUGGGAAAGGGUUUAAGUUUGACGAGACUGAACAUGCGCUGGCCAACGAGAGGAAAAAGCUGCAGAAGCAUGCGUUAGGCCUGCAUGACUCUGAUGAUGAAGACACGGCUCUGGACAUUGAUGAGCAGAUCGAGAGCAUGUUUAACUCGAAGAAGCGUGUGAAGGAUUUCUCGGUUCCGGGAGGGGCUGCGGGUGGCGCUGGUGCUGGGGUCUCCGGAGGUGUGUCCGCUAUGUCAGGGCAAAGUAAUUUGGCCACCCCGUCUGCUGGAAACAUCCAGAAACUGGAGAUCGCCAAGAAACUCGCUCUCAAAAUACAAGCACAGAAGAAUCUCGGUGCAGAGGCGCAGGAUGUGAUGCAGCAGGCAACAAAUGCCAUUCUGAGAGGAGGUACGAUAAUUGCGCCCUCCGUCUCAGCCAAGACCAUUGCAGAGCAGCAGGCAGAGAAGAUCAACGCUAAACUCAACUACACACCUGUGGAGAAACUGGAGGAGGAGAGGCAAGCGGCCGAGGCCACUGAGACUGUCAAGAGAUAUGAGGAGGAGUUAGAAAUCAACGAUUUCCCUCAGACGGCUAGAUGGAAAGUCACAUCUAAAGAGGCCCUUCAGCGCAUCGGCGAGUACUCUGAGGCGGCCAUCACUAUACGAGGAACGUACUUCCCACCAGGCAAAGAACCCAAAGAGGGAGAACGCAAGAUCUACCUGGCUAUUGAGAGUGCAAAUGAGCUGGCUGUCCAAAAGGCAAAAGCAGAAAUCACACGCCUCAUCAAAGAGGAACUCAUUCGCUUACAAAACUCCUACCAGCCAACCAGCAAGGGACGAUACAAGGUUUUGUAGAGCAGAAAGAAGAGGAUUAUCCCAGACACAUUCUUUUAGUAUGCAUCUUUCAUGCUGAAUGUUUUAGAAAAGGGCCCUGCAUAGUGAAUUUCAUCUGCAAAUAAAGUGUUUUUCCUUGUACAUGUUUGCUGUGUAAUGUUAAUCUCUCUAUUUGAUUUUAGCAACAACAACAAAAAUGUCUUUGCCCUCGGUUCUUUUUUAGUAUGAUUGUUUCAGAUUUGUUUUCAUGAAAAGGUAGCAGUCAUGAAUUGUAUUAUUUUAAAUCAUCUUUAAGGUUAAUUCAUCCAGUACAUGUUUGUUGUAUUUGAGUUCAUGUGUCGUACAUCUGUCUGCACUCGAAACUUCAAUGAUUAUAAUUUUAUUUUAUGCUGUAGUUUUUUUUUAUAACCGAAAAGACAAAUAAAAUGAGUUUUAACUGGU